UUUUAAACGCCCCUCGCGCGCCCGUCACCUUCGUUUGUUCAAGAUUCUCUCCCAAGCAUUAAUAAUGGCUACCAACAGCGCACGAGAAAAUCCAAUCGCCGCAACCGACCCGCAGCCGGAAGCCAUAUCGGCUCCGGUGGCUGACGGCAUCGAGGCCGGCGUUCAGCCCAAUUCUUCUGGCCAAGACUCGAGCACAGCACCCGCCCCAACCAAAGUAAAGACCGAGAAAGAGCUUGAACGAGAGCGCAAAAAGGCAGAAAAGCUAGCCGCUUACGAACAGAAGAAGGCUGCCAAAGCUGCGGCGGCCACCACAGCUGCGAAAAAGACCAAGGAUAAGGAGAAGGAGAAAAAGGCCGCGGCCGAAGUCCUGCCUCCGUUCGUUGAGGAUACACCAGAGGGAGAGAAGAAGCGGCUUAAGCCCUUUGAUGACCCUCACUAUUCUUCGUAUCAUCCUGUUGCUGUUGAGUCGGCUUGGUAUGCUUGGUGGGAGAAGGAGGGGUACUUUAAACCCCAGUUCACACCAGAAGGCGAUGUCAAGCCCGAGGGCAAGUUUGUCAUCGUUGUUCCUCCUCCCAACGUCACGGGAGCUUUACACAUGGGCCACGCCUUGGGCAACUCGCUGCAAGAUCUGAUGAUCCGCUACAACCGACAAAAGGGAAAGACAACACUGUGGCUACCCGGUUGUGACCACGCUGGCAUUGCGACACAGAGCGUUGUAGAAAAGACUCUCUGGAAGAGGAAACAACAGACCAGGCAUGAUCUAGGCAGAACACAAUUCGUGGAGCUCGUCCAGGAUUGGAAGGAAGAGUAUCACCAAAAGAUCAACAAUGCGUUCAGAAAAAUGGGAAGCAGUCUUGAUUGGAGCAGAGAGGCGUUUACAAUGGACGAGCACUUUUCAUCCGCUGUCGCGGAUGUUUUCAUCAGAUUCCACGAAGAAGGCAUCAUCUAUAGAGCCAACCGUCUGGUCAACUGGGAUUCCACCUUGACGACCGCUCUCAGCAAUAUUGAGGUUGACAAUGAAGAAUUAUCAGGACGAACGCUUCUUGACGUACCAGGAUACGACAAAAAGGUCGAGUUUGGAAUCAUUGUUCACUUUAAAUAUCCGAUCGAGAAUUCGGAGGAGACUAUUGAAGUUGCGACAACACGUCCCGAGACCAUGCUAGGCGACAGUGGCAUCGCUGUACACCCCGACGAUCCUCGCUACACACAUCUCGUGGGCAAAUUUGCUAUUCAUCCCUUCAUCAAGGGCCGCAGGCUUCCAAUCGUGGCCGAUACAUAUGUCGACCGCGAGUUCGGUACCGGUGCCGUCAAAUUGACCCCAGCACACGAUGUCAACGAUUUCAAGCUGGGCAUGACGCAUAAGCUCGAGUUUAUCAACAUCUUGACGGACAACGGAUUAAUCAACGAGAACGGUGGCCCGUACCAAGGCCAGAAACGGUUCGACGUUCGGUAUUCCAUCCAGGAAGAUCUGAAGAAACUUGGACUCUACGUGGAUAAGAAGGAUAACCCCAUGACUGUACCUCGUUCGGAGAGAACCAAGGAUGUCGUCGAACCUAUGAUGAAGCCACAGUGGUGGGUGAAGAUGGAUGACCUCGCAGAACCAGCAAUUAAAGCUGUCCAAACAGGCCAAAUCAAGAUCAAGCCCGAGUCGGCGGAAAAGAACUACCUUCAAUGGAUGGCGAAUAUUAACGACUGGUGUAUCUCAAGACAGCUGUGGUGGGGACACCAGUGCCCCGUGUACCGUGUUCGGUUUGAAGGAGAGGAUGAUCAGGAUACCGACGACAGGUGGUUCGCGGGACGAACUCAAGAAGAAGCCUUCGCCAAGGCGCAGAAGGCCUGGCCGGACAAGAAAUUUGAACUGAUUCGGGACGAGGAUGUUCUUGAUACAUGGUUCAGCUCUGGUCUCUGGCCUUUCGCGACUCUCGGCUGGCCCAGGGAAACUCCUGAUAUGUCCCGCCUGUUCCCUACAAGUGUCCUAGAGACCGGGUGGGAUAUCAUUCCUUUCUGGGUCGCUCGUAUGAUCUUCCUCGGUAUAAAGCUCACUGGCACGGUACCAUUCUCUGAGGUAUUCUGUCAUUCCUUGAUCCGUGACUCCGAAGGUCGAAAAAUGAGCAAAUCGCUCGGCAACGUUAUUGAUCCUUUGGACGUCAUUCGCGGCAUCGAGCUCCAAGCUCUGCAUGACAAGCUACUUACUGGCAAUCUUGCUGCCUCCGAAGUCAAGAAGGCUACCGCAUACCAGAAAACUUCAUUCCCGCAAGGCAUUCCUGAAUGCGGAGCAGACGCUCUUCGCUUCGCUCUCAUCGCCUACAGUACGGGCGGUGGCGACAUCAAUCUCGAUGUCAAGGUCAUCCACCUUUACAGGCGCUUCUGCAACAAGAUCUGGAACGCCUGCAAGUAUGUCCUCGGCAAGCUGGAUGCUGUCAAAGACUUUGUUCCUGCGAAGCAGUUGGCUCUUAAUGGAAAUGAGUCACUAGCAGAGCUCUGGAUUCUUGGGAAGAUGAAUCAUGCUACCAAAGCAAUUAAUGAGGCUGUUGAGCAGAGAGAUUUUAUGAGGAGUGCCAACCUUGUAUACUCUUACUGGUAUUUCCAGCUAUGCGAUGUUUUCAUUGAGAACUCCAAGGCUUUGAUCCAGGAGGGAUCUGAAGCUCAGAUAAAUUCCGCGCUUCAGACACUCUACUCCGUUCUUGAAGUUGCUCUCGUCCUCUCUCAUCCCUUCCUUCCUUUUAUCACAGAAGAAUUGUGGCAGAGAUUGCCCAGAAGACCGGAUGAUGCAACACAGAGUAUUAUGAUAGCGAAGUAUCCCGAAUGGGACCAGCAAUUUGAGAAUCCCAAAGCUGAGGCUGCCUACGACAUUGUUUUGGGCUGCUCAAAGGGUAUUCGGUCCCUCGUAGCCGAGUACUCACCCAAAGACGAAGCGAAGAUCUUCAUCCAUGCCUACGACGCAGCGUCACACAAGACCGUAUCCGAAGAGAAGUCGUCCAUCCGCUCUCUCAGCGGCAAGGGUGCCAUGGAAAUCGAGAUCCUCUCGCCAGAUCAUGCUCGCCCUACCGGCUGCGUUGCCUUCCCCGUGUCCAGCGCCGUUUCCGUCUUCAUCUACGUCAAGGAUCGUGUCGACUUGGACGAGGAGAUUGCGAAAGCGGCAAAGAAGCUGGAAAAGGCCCGUGCCGCUGUCCAGAAGCAAACCAAGCUCCUUCAAGAUCCAGUAUACAUCGAAAAGGUUGCUGUCGCAACGCAGAAUGCCGACAAGAAGAAGUUGGCUGAUCUAGAGAGCGAAGCAAAUGGCUUUGAAACAACUAUUGAGCAGUUCAAGCAGCUAAAACUCGAGUAAUUGAGGGACUAAUCCCUUAGAUCAUUAAGAAAGUAGAGCGAUAAACCUCAAAUCUCUAUUAGAUUCUUGACAUGUAGUUUUCUUGUGACACGGAAGGCUUGUGUUGGUCGCAAGGGGCCGAAAUUUGAGUCUGACCGCCCUUUCUUUGCAUCACAGAUGGGGGCAGCAUCGCUUAUUCAGUUUAGUUAUUUAUAGUAUAUCGGGGGGGACUCUCAAAGACUUCAAUUUGUAUUGCUCAUGUUCCUCAAGUGAUUCAAUUUACGACAAUGCUAGCUUUCAAUUGAAAUCUGGGAUGACCGUUGCC